UUCAACUACGUAUUGACUCAAUCUUUGCUAACUUUCUCUUGGAUCAUUGAUCAUUUUACAUUUUUGGUUAUAUCAAUGAGGGGAAACUACAAUUUGGAACUCCGGCUUCUACCGGCAGCUGCCGGUGGUUUUGGCUUGCCGGAUUGGUGUGGGAAAGAGGAGGAGGAGGAGCAGCAGAUGACUAUCUUUUACAACGGGCAGGUUGCUGUUUGUGAUGUUACAGAGCUUCAGGCCAGAGCCAUCAUAUCGUUUGCAAGUCGAGAAAUGGAGGAGAAGUCAAGAACCCCAUCUUCUUCUUCUGAACCAUCUUCCCCUGUCCUGCAAUCACCAAUAUAUGGUCCCGCAGCAGGUCUCUCCAUGAAGAGAUCUUUGCAGAGGUUCUUGCAGAAGAGAAAAAACAGAAUCCAAGCUGCAUUUCCUUAUCAUCAUCUCUAGAUAAAUUCGACAUCAAUACUGAGAAAGGCAUGGAAAAUAUACAUUAGGAAGGACAAAACUGAUUAUUGAAUUUAGUUUUAUUUGACGAAUUGCCAUUGAAUCUAUAAAUUAGUCUGAAUAUACAUAUGCCCAAUUUAUUGUCCAACAUUUGAAUCGAUGUCCUUCCAUCGGUUCCCCCUAAGCUGCAUUGAUUUAUGUCUUUUUAGACAUUUAUUACUU